AUGGCUGAACGAGGUGCUACGUGCUACGCUCUACGCGCUACACUCUACGCACUAGGUGCUACGUGCUACGCUCUACUCGCUACGCACUACGCUCUCCGUCGUACACUACGGACUAGGUGCUACGUGCUACGCUCUUCUCGCUACGCACUACGCUUUACGCGCUACGCUCUGCUUGCUACGCUUUACACUCCACGCGUUACGCCCUACGCGCUCCGUCUUACCUGUUACACUCUACGCGCUACGCCCGACGCACUACGUCUUACCUGUUACACUCUACGCGCUACGCCCGACGCACUACGUCUUACGUGUUACACUCUACGCGCUACGCCCGACGCACUACGUCUUACGUGUUACACUAUACGCGCUGCGCCCUACGCGCUACUACUCUCUAUGCGCUACGCUCUAUCUAUAUGGUACACUUUGCGCUGUGUUCUACGCGCUAUGGUUUAA